AUGGAGACGCUCCUUGUUCAAAUUGAGUGCUGCCUUAACUCCCGGCCGCUAACACCGCUCAGCGACGAUUCUGCUGAUCUAGAGCCAUUGACUCCAGGACAUUUCCUUAUAGGAUCAGCACUGAAGGCAGUUCCAGACACCAACUUCGAGGCCAUUCCGUACAACAGACUUACACGAUGGCAGCAAACGCAGAGAGCGGUGCAGGAAAUUUGGAAUCGCUGGCAUCGCGAGUAUCUUGCUACCCUACAACCAAGAACUAAAUGGUGCAAUCCACCAGUCACCAUCGAGAAAAACCGUUUAGUUGUCAUCAUGGAUGAAAACUUCCCACCGGCACGAUGGCCUACAGGAAGAGUUCACGAGCUGCAUCCCGGACCGGAUGGGAUCGUACGAGUUGUAACUCUGCAAACAUCUCGUGGAUUCAUCACUCGACCAGUGGCAAAGUUAUGCCUUCUACCAGUCGCUUCAUCGGGUACUGAGGAUUCUGAAUGA